AUGUCUUAUAUUAUUCGUUGCUCUGCUCCAUCAUGUGUAGGCGGUAUUGGAAUAUUUUCUUGUCAGGGCUGUGGAAAUGUUUUCUGCAAACGUCACACAUAUGAACAUCAUCAACAAUUAGCACAAGAAUUAGAUGAAAUAAUUCAAGAGCAUAGUCUACUUCGUACACAAUUGCAACUGAACGAUGAGAAAGGACAAAAUACGUUAAUGUCAUCAGUCUUAUCAUUGGCUACAUCUGAAUAUUCAUCUAAUUCGUUACUAGAUCAAAUUGAUAAAUGGGAAUCUGAUUCAAAACGUGCUAUUACACAAGCGGCUGACGAAGCACGAACUAAAGUACAUUUUAUUAUAAACGAAAAUAAAUUACAAUUAAUUAAGGAUUUUCUUCAAUUAUCGAAUGAAAUCACCGAAAGACGGGAAUCAGAAGAUUUUGUUGAAACAGAUUUGAUUAAAUGGAGACGAAAAUUCAGAAGAAUAAAAGAUGAAUUAAACAUGCCAAAAUAUGUGAAACUUGAAACUAAUCCAUUAUUAAUGAAAAAUAUGAUCAAAGUUGUGUUUAGACGACGGCAAUCAUCAGAACAUAUCUCAUCAAAUGUACCGGAAAAUUUUGAGAAAUAUUGUGGUUUUAUAAAAUUGGAGGAUAAUGGUCAGUCUGCGGUUCAUACGGGAAAUUUUGAUACAGAUGGAAGUGUCUAUGGAACAAAAUCAUAUUCAAAUGGUGUCCAUCGUAUUCCGUUGAGAAUUGAGAAAAUGCAGGGUGUUAAUUGGAUGUUUUUUGGAAUAAUUUCGUCUUCAUUCUCAACGAUUAGAGUAGAUGCAUGCGCAGCAAAAUCGGCCUAUGGAUGGGCAGCUACGGAUAAAACAUGUGCAUUGGUUUACCUUCAAGGAACAGAAUUAAAUGGUAUACCAUAUGGAUUUGACGGUGAUAUAUGCAGAAAUGAUAGAAUUGAAUUAAUAUUGAAUUGUGACCAAAAGAAAAUUCAGAUACUCAAUAAGCGAACAAACAAACAGUAUCAACUAAGCGUUAGUACUCAUCACUGUCCAUUACCAUGGAAGUUAGUUGUAUCUCUUUAUUCUCCUGGUGAUCGUGUUCGUUUAUUAUAA